CACAGUUGCCAGUGGCAUGCAUCUAAAUACUGCUUAUAGACACACGCACACAUUCGCACGCACAAACACACACACACACACACACAGAUACACGUAUACAUGAGUGCACUCAUAUUAUUAAGUGUUUGUAGCCUUUCGGGCCACUGGUUCCAAAUUGCAAAUAAUUUUGUUUCAAUGUACGUCACACAGAAUAUAAUUGGUAUAUAAUCUUCCUAUCACUCUACUGCCCCCCCUCUCUCUCUCGCUCUCUCCUUCUUCCCCUCUCUCGCUCUCACUCUCUUCCUCUCUCUAGUGAUGCUGUACUCAGCAACACCCGCUGCACAUUGCCCCGUCGGCUUCGACCACUGGACUGCCGACUUGCACACACGAAGCCACGCCCACCUACAAGCUCACUUCACUCAUCCUACAUCACCAUCACUAGCGUCGUCGCUGAGGUCAGCAGGCCUCGGAUUGAGAAGAGGUCUCGGUGCGUUCGGGUCCGACGGUGGACUUACCAUCAUCAACAAUAACCACAACCACCACAACUGCAACAGCAGCAAAAACAACAACAGCAACAACAUCAACAGCGACAUGAACAACAACAGCAACAACCCUACUAGCAUAACAACAGUUAAUAAUAAUAAUGAUAAUAAUAAUAAUAAUAAUAAUAAUAAUAAUAAUAAUAAUAAUAAUAAUAACAAUAACAAUAAUGGAAAUGAAAGUGGUGGCAGAGGUGGCGCGCGUGGCAUUAGUGGCGGUCAUACCUCUUUCUUAAUCGAUGAUAUCCUAGGUAACAACACAACAGCCACCAAUACCACCAUCACAACCACCACAACUGUUCUUUUGACUACAUCAUCAUCAUCAUCAUCAUCAUCAUCAUCAUCAUCAUCGUCAUUAUCAUCUUCAUCAUCAACACCAUCACCACUUACUGCUGCAACGCUAUCCUCACUGGACCAUUCUAACACCCCGGGUGGACGAGCAUGUACCCCCAUGGGCUGCAGUGCAGGACGUAGUACAAUCUGUAGUUCGAGUAACAUGAGUAGCGAUGUGGGCGGUGGAUGCCCCAGUCCGCAAUCGCCUCCGCUAAGAACACUGUUACCACCACCCUUAUUUUACCCGUAUCAGCUGUCACAAAACAACAAUAACAGCAACAUCACCAAUCACAACCACCUGCUACUUCACCAUCAUCAUCACCACCUACUUUUCCAUCAAGCGUACCAUAACAACAAUAAUAACAGCAAUAACAGCAACAGGACAAGCAACAACAACAGUAACAGCAACAAUCAUCAGCAUAACCACCAACAUAACCACCACCAGUACCAUCUAUUGCAACAAGAGCAACAAGAACAACAAGAGCAACAAGAACAACAAGAACAACAGCAUGAACAACAGGCGCAGGAAUAUCAUCACUACCACCACCAACACCAACACCAACAACAACAGCAGCAACAACAGAAUAAUCAAUAUAACCAUCAUUUUGACCAUCAGCAACAACACCAACCUCAAAGACCCACGCCUUUGAACCCGGCACUUUUGCAAACAGCCAAUACGGCGACAAUUUGUAAACCUCUUGCCAUUUACGACAGCCACGGAUUGAUGGCGGCCAGCACUACCUACUUACACAGUCCAACCAGUUUACAUAGCUACCAUCCAGGACAUAACCAUCCUCUAGGACAUAUUUAUUCACCACCAUAUCCAAGCAGAGCUGCAAUAGAGUAUCAUUUUGUUGACAGACAUAACUCAUUUUCCAAAGUCGCAUCAAAGGCACCCCUACUCUGGAACCAUUUCAUGCAGAGGCCACUUCAUAAACGGAAAGGUGGGCAGGUGAGGUUUUCGAAUGACCAAACCAUUGAACUAGAAAAGAAGUUCGAAACUCAGAAAUAUCUUUCUCCUCCCGAAAGGAAACGUCUUGCUAAAUUACUCCAGCUUACUGAGAGACAGGUUCGUGCUUGCUUUAUUAUUCAUUCUCUUUCUGCUUCCAGACAUUAUUUCCUCUUAUUCCUCUCCUUUCCUUCGCCUUCACCAGAUUAA